AUGUCGACAGUAUCUCCAGGCGGCUCCGAAGCUGGCUUUGCAGGAGGGUACCGUGAUCCUAAAACCAGGUCACUGUUGCGGGCCAAACCUGUUCGCAAGACGCCAGCGCCUGCAAACAGAUCCUUCGUGGAGUUUCGGGAAAAAUCCCACGGGGAGAAAGUGGCUCAGAGCACCCCUCCCCGGGAAGGGGGUGUCUCGUGCCCGCGCCCAGGUGUGCCCCCCACGCGCCCUCGCGCGCCCCCGCCCGCCGCGCGCCACUUCCUGAGCGCGCCCCCGGCCCCGCCCCGAGGCUCGGCCCGCGGCGGCGACAGAGGUGCAGGUGCCCCGGGGCGGCUCCCCGCGCCCGCCCGCCCGCCGCCUCCAUGCAGGCCGCCGUGCUCCCCGAGGAGAUCCGCUGGCUCCUGCAAGAUUCUGAAGAUUUCCUGGCAGAAGGUUUGCGUAAUGAGAACCUCAGUGCUGUUGCAAAAGACCACAGAGACCAUAUUCUACGAGGCUUUCAGCAAGUCAAAACUAGGAGACCAAGCUGAGCAUUACCCUGGACAGAGCAGCUCAGAUGAUACUCAGAGUGGAACUCAGGGCCCUUUCUUCACAUCAGAUGCACCUUUUCUAUCAGAUUAUCAGGAGGAGGGAAUGGAAGAUAUGGCAAGAGGAGCUCAAGAACUUGACAACAUUAUUAAGCAAGGAUACUUGGAGAAGAAAAGCAAAGAUCAUAGUUUCUUUGGAUCCGAAUGGCAAAAGCGGUGGUGUGUUGUCAGCAGAGGCCUCUUCUACUACUAUGCUAAUGAGAAAAGCAAACAACCCAAAGGGACCUUUGUCAUUAAGGGCUACAGUAUACGGAUGGCCCCCCACCUGCGAAGAGAUUCCAAGAAAGAAUCCUGCUUUGAGCUGACCUCGCAGGAUAGGCGCAGCUAUGAGUUUACAGCUACUAAUCCAGCAGAAGCCAGAGACUGGGUAGAUCAAAUAAGUUUCUUGUUAAAGGAUCUGAGCUCCUUAACCAUCCCGUGUGAAGAGGAGGAAGAGGAGGUAAUAGAGGAAGAAACGUAUGAUGAUAUUGAUGGCAUUGACUCUCUAGAUUCAGGUUCCCAGGGCAGACCGGUUGUCUCUGCUGAGAGUCUGGGGCAAAAAGAACCCAGGGAGGAAAAAGAAGAAGAUAUUUAUGAAGUCUUGCCAGAUGAAGAGAAUGAUCUAGAAGAAGAUGAAAGAGGCGCUCAACAGAGAGGAGUGGACUAUGCUGAUUACUACCAGGGCCUGUGGGAUUGCCAUGGUGACCAGCCAGACGAACUGUCCUUCCAGCGGGGUGAUCUCAUCCGUAUUCUGAGCAAGGAGUAUAACGUGUAUGGCUGGUGGGUAGGAGAACUGAACAGCCUCGUUGGGAUUGUGCCCAAGGAGUAUCUCAGCACCGCCUUUGAAGUGGAAUCUCUGUGAA